AUGGAGUACGGUUCAAUUGACUUCGUUGAUUUGUUUUCUACCCGGACCCCCAAUGAAUGCUGCUCGCCAGGGUGCUAUGAUGAGUGUUUCAACCAGUUGAUGCUGAUUAAGUCAGGAACUCUCGAUCUAAUGAUAUUCGCAUCCGUAAUCCAAAACCUCACUCAAUCUGACCAACAAAACAUUGCUCAGAAUCUUUUCAAGAUUCAUUCUGAUAAAAAUGGCGAUAACUCUAUUUACAAAGAAGAGUUUCAAUCUUUACUAUCGGCGAAGUCAGUCCAAAACUUCAACACUGUAUCGCAGUUCAUCGAAACAAUUUACAGUCUAUGGAACUUAAAACAACCAUAA